AUGGGGGAACGGGGCGCAACGGGGGGCGCUUGGGGUGCGCGCGACGAUGCCUCGUGGUGGCCGGGUGGAUCUGGUGAACUACAGCACCAACAACAAAUUAAUGAAGAGAUUGCCAGGAGCACCGCUACGGUUACUCAUCAAUUAUACUCUUACAAAAUGACUGGCGGAUUUUCAAAUUCUGGUGGCGACAGUACCUCGUCACCAGGUUUUGAUUAUCGUUUAAUGACUGGUACCAAUACCAGGGAGGAAUCUCCGCAACAACCAUGGUGGUAUGCUUCCGGAUCAGUCGAAACUCAGCAGACUUCGUCACCGACGGGACAAAACCAGCCAAGUCCUGACUCAGAUCAAAGCAAUCAACAAGCUAACGGUAUACAACAGAGCCAUCAAACUUUACAACAGGCUCAAGAGCAACAUCAAAUUCAACAAAAUCAGUUACAACAGCACUUGCAGCAACAACAACAGCAGCAGCAAAGUUUGCAACAAGCUCUACAGCAACAAAAUCAACAAACUUUGCAGCAAAUGCUGCAGCAACAGCAACAACAACAACAGCAGCAGCAGCAACAGCAACAACAGCAGCAGCAGCAGCAGCAACAAGUUGAUCAGCAGAAUCCACAACAAAGUUUACAGUUGCAAGUGAGCCAAGCACAGGCUCAAGCUAUAGUACAGGCACAGGCAGCUUUACAACAACAAGUAGCUCAAUCACUACAGCAACAGCAACAAAAUCUGCAAGAACAAAUACAAGUAGCACAGCAACAACAAAUUCAGGCUGCUCUUCAGAGGCAAUCUGCUACAUUACAGGAAUUGCAGCAACAAGCGCAACAGCAGGCUCUGUUGGCACAAGCAACAAAUAAAGGCAGAAUGCCUCGCGCAAGGGCAAAUAAUAAGCCACGUGGAAGAAUGACAGCUUACGCGUUUUUCGUCCAAACCUGCCGGGAAGAACAUAAGAAAAAACAUCCAGAAGAAAACGUUAUAUUUGCUGCAUUUUCUAAGAAAUGUGCUGAGAGGUGGAAUACAAUGUCAGAGAAGGAGAAGCAGAGAUUCCAUGAGAUGGCAGAGCAGGACAAAAAGAGAUACGACUUGCAAAUGCAAAACUAUGUGCCUCCUAAGGAUGUGAAGGUGCGCGGGCGCAAGCGUUCGCAACUCAAGGACCCCAACGCACCCAAACGAUCGCUGUCAGCGUUCUUCUGGUUCUGUAACCACGAGCGUUCGAAGGUGAAGGCCAACAACCCCGAGUAUACCAUGGGUGACAUAGCCAAGGAGCUCGGAAAACGCUGGGCUGCCGCUGAUCCUGAAACUAAGUCCAAGUACGAGGCUCUUAGUGAACAAGACAAGGCCAGAUAUGAUAGGGAAAUGACAGCGUACAAGAAAGGACCCUUAGCGUUAGUCCAGCAACAACAACAGCAACAAGAAGCAGAGGAAGAAGUUGGAGACUUUGAAGGUGACGAUGAGUACAAGUAAAUUAUAAGUAAGAUGUUGUUAAUGUAUGUAAAAGCUGUAUGGGGUCGUCCAUUAAUUUUUUCAACAUUUUUUCAACAUUAUUUCUGCUUUUUUAGCAACUUUUUAAUCCUCUACCCUCCUUGGUGAAUUGUGGUAUUGGUGAAGUUUUUGACUAACCCAUACCCUAAAAUCAUAUUUUUUGUGAAAAUUAUACUGAAAUUAUCAGAAUAUUAUCUUUAAAUACAGGUUAAAUCUGAUUAAAUUUUAGAAAAUUAAGCAUCAUUAUACAAAUUACUAGACAUUAAAGUUGCAAGGUGUUCUUGGA